GGCAUUAUCCAUAACUGAAGCUCCCCAGACCCAACACAAAACACCUCUUCACCAACACUAGCAUUGACGAAGGGGAGAUUGGGCAAGUGUCAGGACUAGGACGAUCAACUCUCUCUCUCCGCUCCUCCCUUCUUCUGCUCUCCUGCACUUCACUCUUCUGGAGCAUUCCAAACCUCACUCCGUCCCCCCUGAAAGCACCAAAACCCACCCUGUGUCAUUUGACUUUGCACUGCAUCGUCUCAUUCCCCUCAAUCCCUCGUCCCCUCCAUCCACCUCACUUUGCCUCUCAUUCCCUCUCUGUUUACCACCCACCAACCCAAUUCUCCUCAUUGCAUGCGCCUUCAUUGCUUUGUCGUGCAAUAGCCUUCGUGUCGCGUCAUCCUUCUAAUCGCUUGCUUAGUUUGGGUUUAAUCUACCGUCAUGGCUUCUCAGGUCGGAACAGCUCUCAGUGCCCAGACCUUCAAAUUGGCUGCUUUCCAGGGCCUAAAGGCUACCCCCUUGCGGUCUGUGGAGCUUAACCCUAAGCAGAUUUCCUUCGCUUCUCCGUCGUUUUCCCGUAGGUGCGUGGCCGUGCGCGCUGCUGCGGCCGUCGCGACCAAGUUCACCACGCUCAAGCCCCUUGGCGACCGCAUCCUUAUCAAGAUUCAGACCGUGGAGGAGAAGAGCUCGGGUGGUAUCCUGCUGCCCACCACCGCGCAGACCAAGCCUCAAGGCGGGGAGGUGGUGGCAGUGGGCGACGGCAAGGCGCUGGGCGAUAAGAAGCUGGAGCCUGUGGUGAAGACGGGUGCGCAGAUCGUGUACUCCAAGUUCGCGGGUACGGAGGUGGAGUUCAAUGGGAAGCCACACCUCUUGCUUAAGGAAGACGAUAUCGUGGGCACGCUGGCGACGGAUGACGUUAAGGACCUUGUGCCUGCCAACGAUCGGGUACUCAUUCAGGUCACAGAGAUGGAAUCAAUGACCUCAGGGGGCGUGCUGCUCACGGACAGUGCAAAGGAGAAGCCCGUAAUCGGAACUGUUGUCGCCACAGGGCCAGGUGGCUACGGCGAGGACGGCGAGCGGAAGCCUCUGGAGGUGCAAAAGGGCAACACAGUGCUCUACUCCAAGUAUGCAGGCAACGAUUUCAAGGGCAAGGACGGGACGCAGUACGUGGUGCUCAGGGUGCAGGACAUUCUCGCUGUGCUCUCGUAGUGAGCUACACAUAAAUUUUCUCGAUACAUUCCAUUUGCGCAUGUGGGUUAGGUCAGAUUCUUCCAGCAGUUUAGGGUGCGCACGUAGUAUUAACUCACAAGAGUUGGAAUAGGUCAGUAAGCGUUGUAGUAUUUGAUAGGAAUGAAUGCAAUCUUCUUUAGUUUUGAAAGGGAUUGUGGUGGACGACACAUUCUUUGUAGAUUUGUGUGGGCUGUUGGUUCCAUGAUUUUCAUUACGAUCAGUAUUUUUGUGGUGAAAUUGCCAAUGCUUGAA